UCCCGCCAAUGAAUGCACCGUGGGCGGGCCGUUCCGGAGCUCCCUUCGCUGAUCUUGUGGUUGAAAGAACAUGCUCUAGGGAAGGGUCUUGAGUGCGGGCGGGCGGGAGCCUGUCAGGGUCCUUGGGAGUGGCAGCUCCCAGGUGUGCCUCUGCUCAGGUGGCCUUACGGCAAACUGGUCCCCAUACUAGCUAUUCAAUUUUGCUUGGGGCCAGGACCAGCUCCACGUUCUUUAGCAUGCGUUAGUCCCUUUCCAGCUGUCAUGCCUCAGUUUACCUCCGAGUGAACUGAGGGAGAAGCUUCUCCACUUGGUCCGCAGGACCCCACCGUGGUCGAAGGUAGCGGUACCAGCCAGUCACGGGUUCGGGGUGGCCCAGGUGUCUGCAGAGCCGGAGCCGGGCCGUCGCUGCCACAUCGCACCAUGGCGCCCACCCUGGCCACUGCCCAUCGGCGCCGCUGGUGGAUGGCCUGCACGGCUGUGUUGGAAAACCUCCUCUUCUCAGCAGUCCUCCUGGGCUGGGGCUCGCUGCUCAUCAUGCUCAAGUCGGAGGGCUUUUACUCCUAUCUGUGUACGAAGCCAGAGAAUGUCACCAACAACACAGUUGGGGGCACCGCAGAGCCCGAGCAUGAGGAGGUGAGCCUGGUGAAUGGCUGGCUCAGUUGCAAGGCCCAAGAUGAGAUUCUAAAUUUGGCAUUCACUGUGGGUUCCUUCCUGCUCAGUGCCAUCACCCUGCCUCUGGGCAUCAUCAUGGACAAGUAUGGCCCAAGGAAGCUCAGGCUGCUGGGCAGUGCCUGCUUUGCCGUCUCCUGCUUGCUGAUUGCAUAUGGAGCAAGUAGCCCAGACUCGCUCUCUGUGCUCAUCUUCAUCGCCUUGGCUCUGAAUGGCUUUGGGGGGAUGUGUAUGACGUUCACGUCAUUAACACUGCCCAAUAUGUUCGGUGACCUUCGGUCUACGUUUAUUGCCUUGAUGAUUGGAUCCUACGCUUCCUCAGCAGUUACCUUCCCGGGAAUCAAGCUCAUCUACGACGCUGGUGCCUCCUUUAUUGUCAUCCUAGUGGUCUGGGCUGGCUGUUCUGGCCUGGUCUUCCUCAACUGUUUCUUCAACUGGCCACUCGAACCCUUUCCAGGACCAGAGGACAUGGACUACUCGGUGAAGAUCAAGUUCAGCUGGUUGGGCUUUGACCACAAGAUCACAGGGAAGCAGUUCUACAAGCAGGUGACCACAGUGGGGCGCCGCCUGAGCGUGGGCAGCUCCAUGAGGAGUGCCAAGGAGCAGGCUGCACUGCAGGAGGGCCACAAGCUGUGCCUGUCCACUGUAGACCUGGAGGUGAAGUGCCAGCCCGAUGCUGCAGCGGCCCCCUCAUUCAUGCACAGUGUGUUCAGCCCCAUCCUGCUGCUCAGCCUGGUCACCAUGUGUGUCACGCAGCUGCGGCUCAUCUUCUACAUGGGGGCCAUGAACAGCAUCCUUGAGUUCUUGGUCAGCGGUGACCAGAAGACAGUUGCCCUCUAUACCUCCAUCUUUGGCGCACUCCAGCUGCUCUGCCUGCUGACAGCUCCUGUCAUCGGCUACAUCAUGGACUGGAGGCUAAAAGAGUGUGAAGAUACUUCUGAGGAGCCUGAGGAGAAAGAUACCACUCAAGGUGAAAAGCAGCAGAAGCGAGACAGACAGAUCCAGAAAGUUACUAACGCCAUGCGGGCCUUCGCCUUUACAAAUGUGCUGCUCGUGGGCUUUGGAGUGACCUGCCUCAUUCCUAAUCUGCCUCUGCAGAUCUUCUCCUUCGUCCUGCACACAAUUGUGCGAGGAUUCAUCCACUCUGCAGUAGGGGGCCUGUAUGCUGCUGUGUACCCCUCCACACAGUUUGGUAGUCUGACAGGACUGCAGUCUCUGGUCAGUGCGCUCUUUGCUCUCCUUCAGCAGCCGCUGUUUCUGGCCAUGAUGGGUCCUCUUGGAGGAGACCCUCUUUGGGUGAACGUGGGUCUGCUCGUCGUGAGCAUGCUAGGCUUCUGCCUGCCACUUUACCUGAUUUGCUACCGGCGCCAGCUGGAGAGGCAGCUUCAGCAGAAGAGGGAAGACAGCAAGUUGUUCCUUAAGGUCAAUGGCUCAUCCAACCGGGAGGCUUUUGUGUAGGGCCUGCCUGCUGCCUCAGAGCUGUGGCCUCCUGCCUGUGCUUCAGUGACUUGGCUGCUGUCAUCUACCCACCCCAGAGGAUCCCAUGUGCUCCCUGGAUCCUGCCUUUCACCACACUGGAGCCCACACUUCCUCACAAAGCCUGGCCCUGCCCUGGAGUGCUCGUGUGGAUGGACAGGAGAGGGCCCAAGACAGAUGAACCUCCCACUGCCAGAAACUGAGCUGGCCUGGCCUAGCUGUCACCCCAGGGGCUCUGGAGUCUUGAAUCUCCAUGGGGCCUGUACCUGGAGCCAAGAGGAGCUCCAGCAAGCAGGCACGCCCUCACUGAUCUGGAUUCUGCCUCUUGCCAAAGCAGAGGGGCCCGCCAUCCUCUCCCCACUACCUGUCCCUGAGCUGCAUGCCCACCAACCACGCCCACCUGAGGACAAAGGCUUGCACUGUCUGCACUCCCCUGGCCUGGCCCCUUACCUCCCCUGGCCAGUCUGUGGCUGCCUGAGGAAGGAAGGACCCGCUUCCUGUUGUUGGUGCUAACCCCUUUGUAAUCUCAGUGCUCCCCCUCUCCAUCCCCCCACCGUGACUAGGCCCUGGCCUGGCCUUUCCUUGAAGGCCUGUGGAGAAGACAACACCUCCCCCCACACCUCCAUCCCCCAUCUCAGUCUGGGGAAGGGAUGGAGGACAGAAUAGUUUUACAAAGCCUCAGGAGCCACAGGCAAGGCUUCUUUCUCAGACUGGGGAAAGUAUAUCCUCUCUACUGCCACCCUUGUUCCAGCCUGCAAACCUAAAGGAACUGAGGGGACAUCACAAGGGCACCCUUCCACCCACACAGCUGUUUUUCUAGGGUGGGAAUACAGCCAUGACUGGCAGACAUGGAGAGCCAGGCCUAAGUAGGGAAGAAGGCUAGUGAGUAACCGUGUGUGUGUGUGUGUGUGUGUGUGUGUGUGUGUGUGUGUGUGUGUGUGUUCAUGUGCAUAUAUGGUAGGAGAGGAGCCCUGGGGACUGCUUUUAUGAGAGUGGACCAGACCAGAAGCCAGCUAGGCCUGCAGCAGGCUCAAGAUGGGAGAGUCAGCCUUGCUUUAUGAUGGGGACCUUGUGUGUGACCAUGUGGUCACAGUGCCCCCUGCUGGCAGACUAUCAGGGCACUGGGACUGUGUCUGUGGGAGAAGCUUAGCUGGCCUGCCUGGCUCAAUAACCCACUUAUAUGACAGCCCCUAGGGACCUGUCUGAGACCUUUUAGGGUGCCAAGAGGGGAGAGUUGGUUUUCAAGUCUAUGGUUUUCUCUUGAGUUUUAUUGGAAUUCUUUUUAUGAAGCAAUAAAUCCAUUUUCCUCUUGGUAAUGGAUGACCCUCCUCUACAUAUCAGUUGGCCACUCUGCCUGUUUUAAGAUUGAGAAGGAAAGGACGAGGGUCUGCCAGGAAGGGAAAUUAAAAUGUCAGAGAGAGUGGCAUAUACUUUCAUCCCAGCACUUGGAAGGCUGAAACAGGCAGAGUUUGGGGCCAGCCUGGUCUACAUGGAGAGUUCCAGGGCUACAUAGUGAGACUCUGAUAUUCUGCUAAUGACAAACCCAGUUGCACCUGGGUGCUCUGUCCUGAGUGACAUGUCCAGGAAGGGGCGUGGGCAAAGAAAAGAUCUGACUGCCCCGUACUCCAGGCAUAUAGGGCUGUGGAGAAGUGGGGCUGUUCCCUCCAAGUGGACAGGCCAGUCCAGAAGCUUCUGUCUACUGUUUCCUGUCAACUCAUAACCCCAAGGGUAGUUAUGUGUUGAUUCCAGGAGAACUAUAGGCUGAAUAGCUUCAGGAUGGGGUGAGGGCGGACAUAGAUGAGAGGCCCCCAGGCCAAGUGUAGGCUCUGUAGUAGCAGUGGACUAUGUCUUGAGUCCAGUCAGUUAAAAUAGUAAAAUCACUACCCCCAUAACAGUGAGCUGCUGGAAGCCUCUCUCUGUGGCUUCUUGCAGUUCAGUGGUAGAGCUCACUCUUAGCAUGGAGAAGGAGUCAGGUUCUGUUUCCCAAAAGAACUGGAUCAGCAUUUUCCAAAGACACCUCUCAGAGUGCUGGUUUGUGAUGCCUCACUGGUUGUUAUCUUUUGACAAGUGUCUAGUCAAACACCAAGCAUGCAGAGUUAGGGUGCCCAUACACUGCCCAUGUUUGUAAGCAUUGCGGCUCUCUGAGAAGGGAUGUAGCACCAGGCGUGGCAAAAGGAUCCUCUGAGGCCACAAUGUGAGUUCCAGACUAGUCAGGACUACACAAUGAGGACCCUGUUUUUUGUUUUGUUUUUAAAGGAAGCCCACAAGUGUGCUGUCAGAAUGGUAGAGUUGUGGAAAUGUGGCACAGGCCUGUAAUGCCAGCAUCAGGAGGCAAAGAAUGGAGUGUAACUGAUCUGUAACUGUGCUUCACACACAAGGUUAUGGCAUGCAACUGAGUGGGGAGUGACUAAUUGUAGGAGCCAUGGCCUUCCUGUGUGUGUGACACGGGCCACUUGCAGAAGGCCCUGCAGUGUUAAGACUGUAGACUCCAGGGCAGGGCAAGCAUGUAGCUCAAUUGGUAGCAAUGUUUGCCUAGCUUAGACAAAGCCCUGGUUUUGAUGCCCAGCCCAAAAUAAAACUGGGCAUGGUGGCACAUGGCUGUUAUCCCAACACUUGGGGGAUGGUGACAUUGGGAUCAGGAGUUGAAGUCAUCUUUGGUCACAUAGUGAAUUUGAAGGAGAUCCCAUCUUUAAAAAAAAAAACUGUCAUCUACAGGUCUCCUCUGUGUCUUGGUUUGAUUCUGGUGCCUCCAGAGGUUCAGAUGUUCGACAGAAGAGGGAAAUAGCUUGAAGGAAUGCUAACUGACAAAGCCCCUCCCUGCUAGGUACAUACAUGACUCGUGCAGUCCCCAACAACACUGAGGGGCCACACAUUUUGAGCAUAACAAUUUAAGGGAAUAUCCUAGCAUUGAGAAACUAGACAUUUGGAUGGAAAAGAGUGCAGAGCCAACCUUGCUUGAGGAUCAGAGGCGUCAGCCAGCAGCAGGGAGCAGAGGUGUGGCAAGCCAGAUGAGUUGGGAACUCCCUAGUCAAGGGCCAUUCUGCCCCGACUUGGCACAAAGUCGACAUGUUUUCCUAGUGUCUUUGACUCAUGGUAGCAACCUGGCGUAGGGCAGAUGCUUGGAGAAACAGUCCCAGAGAGGGAGAGGAACUUGCUCACAGUGAAAACAAGUACUGUCAUGUGUCUCUCCGGCACUAAAGCAGCCAAGACCCUCUAGGCCAGAAUGUCCCAUUGGAAGCAACAGCCCAAGAGAGGCGCCAGGCUUCCAAUAGAGCAACAAAACCCAAGGAAGGGGUUUUGCAAGCCCAAGAUGGUCUGUGUCUUGGAGCCAAAGUUUCCUCAGGCAUGGGGAAGCUAUCUGCACCAGGCUCACGUGAGCCAUGGAAGCUGAUGGGUACCUGGAGGAAUAAUUCCCUGAUCACAUUCAGAGGGGAGCCUGAGAUAAGGACAGAACCACAGGCAGAGACACCAGCCUUUUCAUCUUUCCUCUUGUCCUGCAAACUCUGGAGGUGGAAGAAACAGGAAGUGACGCCCAGCCUUGUGGUUUUACCUGAUGAGGACAGGAAGAGCCUGUCUCACUUGUACCUCUGGAAGUCCCUUGUGGUCUCGGCACUCAUCAAGAAUGGCUUCCCUGGCCCGGCGUUGGUGGCGCACGCCUUUAAUCCCAGCACUCGGGAGGCAGAGGCAGGCGGAUCUCUGUGAGUUCGAGGCCAGUCUGGUCUACAAAGUGAGUUCCAGGACAGCCUCCAAAGCUACAGAGAAACCCUGUCUCAAAAAACAAAACAAAGAGUGGUUUCCCCUAGGCCUCUGUCCUUGUCACUUUGCUAGGGCCUAUUCACAGCUGACUCCAGCCUUCAUUAAGGUCAAAGACAAAGUACAGAUCCUUGGGGGCUACUUUCUGUGUUAUGUCUACCAUGCCCACAUUCAGAAGUUCUGGUCAAAACUUGCACAUAGCCAGGUGGUGGUGCUGCACACCUUUAACCCCAGCACUCUGGAGGCAGAGGCUACAGAGCGAGUUCCAGGACAGCCAGGGCUACACAAAGAAACCCUGUCUCGAAAAACCAAACAAAAACCCAAACACUUGUAUGUAAACCUUUACCAAAGACUCCCAUAGCAGCACAGACGCAUUCAGCUAAGUAGAUAGAGGCCUGGGAGUCUUUUUGCUUUGCUUCAAGGCAAGAUCCCGCUUGUCUCUUUAGUUGGCUUUGACCCAGCCAUCUUUCUGCCUCAGCUUUGAGUGCCUAGGAUUUUAGGUGUACACAGAUAUGCCCUGCUCAGUGGCAUCUGUUGCAUUUUCCUGUCAGCCUGUAUGAACCUAGGCAGAUAUACCAUCUGGAGUGACUGGUGAUGGGUGGGGACAACCUUAUGACAGCCUGUGGUGAGGAUGUCCUGCUCAGAGCUCUGCAGUUGUCGCCACAGAGGUAGGCUAUGGGAGCCAUUACAGCCUCAGUGCUGUUACCUAUGAAGAGCACUAAGACAGGUUCCCAUGGGCUUUGAAGGCAGUGCGGUUCCUUCUCUGUGCAAGUUACCAGGGCCCAACCUAAGUGUACUGACUACUUUCCUCACACACAGACUAUGGCCUGUGAAGAUAAGACUACCUGAGUAGUUCAGAGGGCUUGCUUGUCCUCGGGCUGUAAUCCUUCUCUGGGUUGAGGGUCAAGGUAAGACUGUCCCCAAGCUGUAACUCACUCACCCUGAGCCCUAGGGUGUGGGCAGAACCUCCUGAGUGUUCAGGAGCGUCAGUGUCCUCUAUGAGGAAGCAUCAUGCCCCUGCCAACACAGCCACCAUCUGUGCCCCUUGGCUCCUGCAGUGAGUCAUUCUUACAUGGAGAGGUCCAAGACAGGACCAUGGGUCGCUUCCUAACCGUGACUGUUGUCUGAGAGAAGCACAGAGGUUAGCAGCCACAUGUCAUUUUCAGGGAAAUCUGGAGUGUCAUUUCCUCCAGUGACAUGGAGGCAUCGGUGCCCUCACAGAGUGGCUAAGGGGAGCCAUAGCUAACUCACAUGAGCACAGUGUGUGUAGCAUGAGGCAGAAACUUGACCAUCUUGGCGCUGGAGAAGGGCAGUCAGUAUAGGGAGUGAGGCACCCCCUCCCUCAUGUAACAGGCACUGACUGGCCAUGCCAAACUGAUGGCCAAAUAAAAGUGGUAAGGUCAGUACCACUGACCUCAGUCCCCUCAGAACUUCUACAAUGGAGCCUUAAGUUCUCUUGCCCACUUUUCCAUUUUUUUCUUUGGCCAACAAGUUUUAGGGGUGGAAGUCCCAGCCCUGGGUGGUCCUUCUAUACCAUCUUUCUGAAUGAUUGGCCAGGUGUGUGUGUGUGUGUGUGUGUGUGUGUGUGUGUGUGUGUGUGUGUGUGUGUGUGUGUGUGUGUUCUGAAAUGCUCUGGUGUGCCUGUGUGCUGUAACACCUGGACGCAGAGGAAGGAAAGGCCCAUUGCCUCACUUUCUGUUACUAGGAGUAUCCAGGCAGGUUAGAAUCCAGGCCAAGUCAAAGACCCAGCCCAAGCCUUAGAGCGAGGCCUGAAGGUGUGCUCUUAUGUUCACCAGGGUCACAUGGUGUCACUGAUAACUCAGCAGCUGACCUUGGCUGUUACCUGUCACUUUACUGUUCCUAGUCCCCAGCAUACUCCUUGGCACACAGUAAGCACUGAAUAAACGUAUGCUGAAAAUGA